AUGCUGUACUUAAAAAAUACUUCAAAGCUCGAUCAUCUCUCUCUCUCUCUCUCUCCUUCUCUCUCUCUCUCUUUCUCUCUCUUUCUGUCGCUCUUUCUCGUUCCGUCAAUUCCAACUGUGGACCUUUCUUUUACUAUUCACGCCGUACGCUUUCUUUCUUUCUUUCUUUCUUUCUUUCUUUCUUUCUUUCCCCUUUGUAGGAACUUUUCUUCCUCCUCUAACAAGAUGUGUCUCUUAUUUACCCAUAUUUAUUUGUUGUUUUUUCUCAUUUUUAUAUUCCACGGUUUUCUUUUUUCAAUUCAAUUUUUCCUUUUUAUUACCGCUUUAUUCCCGCCUCAGCAUCCUUAUAUUAUUAUUAUUAUUAUUAUUUCUUCUUCUUCUUCUUCUUCUUCUUCUUCUUCUUCUUCUUCUUCUUCUUUUUCUUCUUCUUGUCAGUGGGAACGAAUUGGCGGCACCCAUCUACUCUCCAAGCAACACACGACAGAUUAUACUGGCUUAUACGGUAUCAAAUAUCUGGAAUAUUCCUCGAAGUGA